AUGCAGACUCCGCCGGAAUCCACAGUCGCCAAUUCUGCCUCCCUCAACGAGUCAGGUCAGCGAGUGACCGGCUCGACGUGGGAUGUCCACCCAAUCAGCCACCCUGCAACCGCGCCGUGGCAUCUCAACCUGUCGGAGUCAGACACCGACAAACUUAUCAACGGAUAUCAGCCCGCGGCGAUGGAAGAUCGGUGGAUGUGCCGUUCGGAUGGGCCGGACGAACAAGGCAAUAUAGUGGUCCAUGUGUACCGAAGUUGGACCGGCAACGAGCAGUUUCAGAUGAAAGUGACUGCUUCCAGCCUCCGCGGGACCGCACUCCGCGGAUCCGAAGCCAAGAAUUCCGGUGAAAACGAUGCGGAGAUUACAGAGAUCACAUGGGACACCGGCAGUGGUGAUACGCAAAUGUCGGAGGAGGAUGCGAAGAGCUUGGCGACGACGAUUUGUAAAAGGAUGCAGCUCUCUACUCUCAUCCCAGCUGUCGCCCUCGGCAUUUCUGCCGUCAACGCCGAGUACUGCACACAAGCUCUCGACCCCUACCCCCGCAAGGCCAGCACUGGCUUCCGGUUUGAGAGCGUAGAUGCAAACAACUGGAAGUGGACAUCCAGAGACGUGCAGGUGGUCACCACGGUAAGCCCACAGGGCGGCAACUGCCAGAUCCACCAGGGCGGCGGCGGCGGUGAAUUUUCCGCCACUAUCUGCAUCGACUUCAAGGGGAACUACGCCUGCUGGGUUGCACCGUCCAAGAACCAAGUGUGUGAUAUGGUCUUUGAGCAGGACGAAGCCCCUGUUGAUGUCUGUGGAAACAUCAAGAACAUUUGGGGCUGGGUGGCUUAG